GAUGAAGGCAUUCUCGUAAUUUCACCCACAGGGCCCCAUACUAUAAAACCCAGGUGGACCCUCGGCUCUGCGAUUCCUCUCUCUCCUCUGUCUCCUUCCACACUUCGUUGUUUUCUGUCUUUUGGUUUGAAAAUCACAAGCGCUGCUUUGAAACCACCGAACCUCCCCCCCCAAAAUGCGACGCACAUUCAUGCUCUCCGAUUCUUUCUGCUUGGUUAGUUUGAAUGGAAGAGAGAGUGCUUGAGCUUCGGAGGAGAGGAUAGCAAUUGGUUUUUGAUGGCUUCAAAUGCAUAUAGAAAUGGCGCUCACAGGGGAAAUAGUAGCAUGAAGCUGGAUCGGCAACUCCCGCCGGCGAACCUCAAAUCUUCGUCGUUUAAAUCCAGGGUUCCGCCGUCUCAGUCCCCGGGAUCCGCUCUCCGCCGCAGCAGCCCCGCCUCUUUUGCCUCAAAAGGCAACGACGGAGUUCCGGGAAGAGUUCGAGUGGCUGUAAGAUUGCGACCACGAAACGUGGAAGAAUUGGCGGCGGAUGCGGAUUUUGCUGAUUGUGUGGAAUUGCUGCCAGAGCUUAAAAGAUUGAAACUUCGGAAAAACAAUUGGGAUUCAGACACUUACGAAUUUGAUGAGGUGCUUACUGAAUUUGCAUCCCAGAAGCGCGUCUAUGAAGUUGUCGCCAAGCCUGUUGUAGAGAGUGUUCUGGAUGGUUACAAUGGGACUGUUAUGGCUUAUGGUCAGACUGGUACUGGGAAAACUUUUACUCUUGGACGGCUGGGAGAGGAAGAUACAUCUGAUCGUGGAAUCAUGGUUCGUUCGAUGGAGGAUAUUUUUGCAGAUAUUUCUCCAGAGACUGAUUCUGUCUCAGUCUCGUAUUUGCAGCUUUACAUGGAGGCUAUCCAAGACCUGCUCGAUCCUGCAAAUGAUAACAUUCCUAUCGUGGAAGAUCCUAAAACUGGCGAUGUUUCUGUACCCGGGGCAACUCUUGUAGAAAUCAGGGACCAACAGAGUUUCAUGGAACUGCUUAGAAUAGGGGAAGCUCAUCGAAUUGCUGCUAACACAAAAUUGAAUACUGAAUCUUCUCGUAGUCAUGCUAUUCUGAUGGUACAUGUUAAAAGGUCUGUCAUGGGGAGAGAAGACAUCAUUUCCAGUGAAAAUGGUGACCCUCCUCACUUGGCCAAACCUUUUAAGUCGCUUGUUCGGAAAAGCAAGUUAGUUGUGGUAGAUCUGGCAGGUUCAGAGCGUAUCCACAAGUCAGGAAGUGAGGGACAUAUGUUAGAGGAAGCUAAGGCUAUCAAUCUCUCUCUUAGUGCAUUAGGAAAGUGCAUAAAUGCUCUAGCAGAGAAUAGUCCUCAUGUUCCAGUUCGUGAUUCAAAGCUUACGAGAUUGCUUAAAGAUUCAUUUGGAGGCACGGCGAGGACGUCAUUAAUUGUGACUAUUGGCCCAUCCCCACGCCAUCGAGGAGAAACUGCAAGUACCAUACUAUUUGGACAAAGGGCUAUGAAGGUGGAGAAUAUGCUGAGAAUUAAGGAGGAAUUUGAUUACAAAAGUUUGUCCAGAAGGCUUGAAGUACAACUGGACAAGCUCAUUGCAGAAAAUGAAAGGCAGCAGAAAGCUUUUGAGGAUGAAGUUGAAAGAAUAAAUGUAGAAGCACAAAAUCGAAUUUCUGAGGUUGAGAGAAGCUUUGCAGAUGCAUUGGAGAAGGAAAGGCUAAAAUGCCAGAUGGAUUAUAUGGAAUCAGUCAAGCAGCUGGAGGAGAAGUUGGUGUUUAAUCAGCAAAAGCAUGAUUGUGAUGGCUUCACUGAUGAUAAAUGUAUUCUACAGGUGCCUAGGUUUUCUGUUUCCGAGGAAGUUGUUGAGAUCAGAAAGCUCCUUGAAAACGAAACUAACCUAAGAAAGGUGGCUGAAGAGGAGGUGAAAAAUCUUAGAAGUCAACUAGGGCAACAUCCACCGUUAGCGGCAGGUGGAGAUGCAGAAAUGCUAAAGCUUCGGAAAAUUCUGGAGGACGAGGCUCGUCAGAAGAAGAAACUUGAAGAGGAAAUUAUAAUUCUAAGAAGCCAGUUGCUUCAAUUGAGUUUUGAAGCUGAUCAGAUGAAAAUGUGUCUUGACAGAGGCGGGACUGGAAAUGCAUUCGCGGGUCUAGAUUCCUCCAUGUCUCCUGUUAGGCAUUCCCAACUCAAAGACUUGGGAAAUGGACAGAAGGCAUCAAUUGCAACCCUCUUUGAGCAAGUUGGAUUGCAAAAGAUCUUGACACUACUUGAGUCAGAAGAUGCCAAUGUACGGAUUCAUGCUGUGAAAGUGGUGGCCAACUUAGCAGCUGAAGAAGCUAACCAGAAAAAGAUUGUUGAAGCUGGUGGUCUUUCUUCCUUGCUGAUGCUUCUUAGAAGCUUUGAGGAUGAAACUGUGCGCAGAGUAGCAGCUGGUGCAAUUGCCAAUCUUGCCAUGAAUGAAGCCAAUCAAGAACUUAUAAUGACUCAAGGGGGAAUUAGUCUUUUAUCAAUGACAGCAGCUGAUGCCGAGGAUCCUCAAACCCUACGCAUGGUUGCUGGAGCUAUUGCUAAUCUAUGUGGCAAUGAUAAGCUACAGAUGAAGCUAAGGUCUGAAGGCGGUAUUAAGGCCUUGCUAGGAAUAGUGAGAUGUGGGCAUCCCGAUGUUCUAUCUCAAGUUGCACGUGGAAUCGCCAACUUUGCAAAAUGCGAGUCCCGAUGCUCUACUCAAGGGACAAAAAGUGGCAGAUCUCUUUUGAUAGACGAGGGUGUGCUUCCAUGGAUUGUACAAAACGCUAAUAGUGAAGCUCCACCAAUCAGGCGUCAUAUUGAGCUUGCACUCUGCCACUUGGCACAGCAUGAAGUAAAUGCAAGGGACAUGAUUAGUGGAGGUGCCCUCUGGGAGCUUGUUCGUAUCUCACACGAUUGCUCUCGAGAGGACAUAAAGAGUCUUGCCCGUCGAACAUUGAGUUCCAGCCCCGCCUUUCGAUCUGAAAUGCGACGGUUACGGAUGGAGUUUGAUUAACAGAAUAAUGGGCCUUCUCACAUCUAGCUGGUGAGUGUGAUGUGCCGAAUCUUCUCAUAAUACGGCGGCGUAUAAGCUCGGUUGAGGAGGGGUUCUUACACCCCCAUCUUCUACAUAUAUAAAGGGGCAUCCCAUAAGAUAUCCACUCGCCAAUUUUGUGUAAAGCGUGGGUUGGGUCCUGUAAUCCAUGUUUUUAGCUUCUUUCUUGAGCAUCCAUGAUUGUAGCUUAACGGAAAAGGGAGAGAGAAAAUUUUGUUCUUGAACGAGCGAGUCAAAUUGGUUCCACCUACAGUAUUCUGAAGGGGGACAGACUCAAAAAUGUCCAGCGCAUUUUCAAAAUUGUACAAAUUGUUUUCUAUUGGCAAUGAAAAUCAAUAUUGUAUAGCUUUGUUGGGAGUAGACAUUUUGUGCGAGACAUUUGUGUAAUGUUAAUAAUAGAAAGCACGACCAAUGAUAUCAUGUCACCUUGGGAUGGAA